AUCAAUUAACAAAAUGAAUCUAUUUGGCAAAUUAUGUCAUAUCAUUAUGGCUCAUAAUUAUAAACAAAAUAUAUUUUCAUUGAUCAUCAUUCUAAUAAUAUUCACUUGUUUUCCAAUCAUUAUCAAUUGUGAUGAAGAUAAUUCUGAAGAUGAAACAAAUCAUCAUUCACCAUCAUCAUCAUCAUCAUUAUCAUCUUCAUCAUCACCAUCAGAAUCUGAUGAUCGUUCCAGCUAUGGUGAACGUUUAGCUGAAAGUUCGUAUACAUUUUCAUCGGCAUCAUUUGCACGUGAACCAAAAGAAGAAACAAAUAUCUAUUCAGCCGGUAUAAAUGCCAUAUUAAAUAGUGAUGGUUUUUUAAAUCAAAUGGAAAAAUACGGUGGUAGCCAAUCAAAAUAUCGACCACAAGGACCAGUAGAAAUGGCCGUACAUAGUAAAAAAACUAUCGAAGUAAUACCGGUAAAAUUUGAAGAUGGUAAUGAUGGCGAACCACAAGUGAUUGAAAUAUCACCAUAUGAAGUACCUGUUUCGAUUGUAUUUAAAACACAGACAAAUAAAUUGAAUGUUAAUCAGGAACAUAAAUCAGAACCUGCUGAAGAACCCAAAGAAAUAAAUUCAGAAGAAGAACCACAUCGUGUUAUACAUAAUGUAUAUCGUCCUGUUAUACAAGAAGUAACCGAAGUUGUACAACCAUUCCGUAAAGUUGUACAAAAAGUUGAACCAGUUAUUGAAGAAAUGAAAACAAUCAUUUCAAAAGCUGCACCACAAGAUGGUUCACAUGUACAAAAUCAUCAUCAAUUUCAACAGCAACGUCAACAUCAGCAACAACAAUUUCGUACAUCAGGUCAGUUUGGAUUUGGUGAAAAUUCAAAAAUGAAUCGAUUUUCAGAAUAUCAACCAUUAGCAUAUGGAUCAGAAAUGGUGGGUAAAGUUGAACCACCACCUACACCGAAUUCAUCUUCAUUAUUUUCAUUAUCAUCAUCAUCAUCAUCACCAUCACGAUCGAUGAAUCAUGAAACUAAAUCUAUUUUACAUCGAUUUGGAUCCGAAAGCAAUAAUGAUAUGGCCGUAUCCAAUUCAUCAUCAUCAAAUAAUAGUUCGAUCAAACCGGUAUUGGAACCGACUGAAUUUAAUGAUAAAGAAGCUAAUUUACAUUAUAAUGAUAUUAUUAAACAAUAUAUUGAUAAUCUUUUAUCAAAACAACAACAAAAAGCGGCAACAUCUUCAACAAAAUCAUCAUCA